UGGCAGGCAGAUUCUUAACCACUGCGCCACCAGGGAAGCCCAGGAGUUUAAUAAGUAAUUAUGCGCUGGUUCCUGGAGCCCUGGGAUAUGGUUGAGUUCCCAGGCUGCUUCUGAGGAUGUGGUUUUAGGCCCCAGGGGAAGCCUGCUUCCUGCUGAGGCUACUUCAUUGCUCAGAUAGCCACCCAGCUGGACACAGACCUUGAUCAGGACUAAGAGGGUUGUGCUGAGGGGAUGUGAGAGUGGGGAUAUACAUCCAAGACCUUGGCACUAUGGUUUCCUCAGUUCCCUUCACCCAUCGUGGGUCUUUGGUCUCUGGAUCCAUUUUCAUAUCUUGGGCCAACUGUCCUGCCAUUUUUCUGAGGGAAGACCUACCGUGUUCUUCAAGCCCCUGAGGCCCUUAGUCGUGCCCAGAGGGAGCUGGAGCCCUAGGCUGGCAUUCAGAUGCCCUGCUCUCUGACCUGGAGACCACAACCUCUCACAUGCCAAGGUCAGGGGCUCUAAAAGAGCGGCCCCCAGAGCCCCUCACGUCUCCUCUGACACAGAUGGGGUCCGGGGAAUCUUCAGGAGCCUCUGGGGACAAGGAUCAUCUGUACAGCACGGUAUGCAAGCCUCGGUCCCCGAAGCCUGCGGCCCCUGCAGCCCCUCCAUUCUCCUCUUCCUGUGGUGUCUUGGGCACGGGUCUCUGUGAGCUAGACCGGUUGCUUCAGGAACUUAACGCUACUCAGUUCAACAUCACAGAUGAAAUAAUGUCUCAGUUCCCAUCUAGCAAGGAGACUGCAGGAGAGCAGAAGGAGGACCAAUCUGAGGACAAGAAAAGGCCCAGCCUCCCUCCCAGUCCAUCCCCUGUUCUCCCAAAGCCUUCGGCCACCUCAGCCACCCUGGAGCUAGAUAGGCUGAUGGCCUCACUCUCUGACUUCCGUGUCCAGAACCAUCUUCCGGCCUCUGGGCCAACCCAGCCACCAGUGCCAAGCUCCGUGAAUGAGGGCUCCUCCGCCCCACCAGGGCCCGCUGGCGAAGGCAGCCUAGACACCAUGCUGGGGCUGCUUCAGUCUGACCUCAGCCGCCGAGGCGUUCCCACCCAAGCCAAGGGCCUCUGUGGCUCCUGCAAUAAACCCAUUGCUGGGCAAGUGGUGACGGCGCUCGGCCGUGCUUGGCACCCUGAGCACUUCGUUUGCGGUGGCUGUUCCACAGCCCUGGGAGGCAGCAGCUUCUUCGAGAAGGAUGGAGCUCCCUUCUGUCCCGAGUGCUACUUCGAGCGCUUCUCCCCAAGAUGUGGCCUCUGCAAUCAACCCAUCCGACACAAGAUGGUUACUGCCUUGGGCACCCACUGGCACCCGGAGCAUUUCUGCUGCGUCAGUUGCGGGGAGCCCUUCGGAGAUGAGGGUUUCCACGAGCGGGAGGGCCGCCCCUACUGCCGCCGAGACUUCCUGCAGCUCUUCGCCCCGCGCUGCCAGGGCUGCCAAGGCCCCAUUCUGGAUAACUACAUCUCGGCGCUCAGCGCACUCUGGCACCCAGACUGUUUUGUCUGCAGGGAAUGCUUCGCGCCCUUCUCGGGAGGCAGCUUUUUUGAGCACGAGGGCCGUCCGCUGUGCGAGAACCAUUUCCACGCGCGGCGCGGGUCGCUGUGCGCCACGUGUGGCCUCCCGGUGACCGGCCGAUGCGUGUCGGCCCUGGGCCGCCGCUUCCAUCCGGACCACUUCACCUGCACCUUCUGCCUGCGCCCGCUCACCAAGGGCUCCUUCCAGGAGCGGGCGGGCAAGCCCUACUGCCAGCCCUGCUUCCUCAAGCUCUUCGGCUGACCGCCUGCCGGGCUCGCCCCUUUGGGAGAGCGCGGCCCCCCAAACCUCGCCCUUCCCGAAAAGACCGGGCUCUCCAGACCCCAAGGCCUUGCUCUUAGAGCGUGGGGCUCCCCCAGCCCAGCUCCGUGAGGCCCCACCCACUGGAGGGACAGGCCCCGAAGGUACUGUACGUUCUCCAUGGGCGAGUUCAGAAAAAGCCCCGCCGAUCCUAAGGCCACGCGCCCCACGAAGUGGGUCGUACACUGGCAAGCGAUCCCGCGUGAGCCCUUCACUUUAUUCCCAGCCUUGAGGGAGCCCCUCGACUGGAGGAGGGCCCUUGCAAUUCCCACGAAUCCGAGGCCAGGCCAGGAUGUCCCUCUCCCCGCCUCUCACUGCUCAGUGCACUUUUUUCUACCUACAUAAACACACAUUCCACGUCACACAGGUGCUGUGUCUCUGCGCGGGAGUGCCUCGCUUUGCGACGCCCCGCCCCUUAUACUGUCUCGGGCUGUGAUGCGUGAUGCGUUCUAGGCCACCGCCCUGUGGUGGGAGCCGGACCUUCAGACUCAGCCCUUGCAGGCUGUCCUUCACCUGUCAGAUGCGCCUGAGGAAAAGCUGGCCACCUGCGCAGGAUUGUACAGACGGUGACAAGCCGGGACGGGAGCUCAAGCAGGACCCACCAAACCUUCCCGUCCCCAACCCCCCAUCCUUCAUUUCCUUAUAUCCUCGAAAUACGCACUUAAUCUGUACCCCUCCCACUCCCUUCCACCUUGCCACCUUGGCUGGUUUCCAGAUUUUUCCCCCUCCUUAAAAGACCCUCAGAGAUGGGGCUCCAUUCAAGUGCCAAUUUGUGCCCACCUUUUGGAUCUGGGCAUUAAAUUACAGCUUCCCUCAUACGGGUAUUGACUCAUAACAGCUCCGCUAGGCAGAGGAUGACACUUGGGGUGGUCAGGGCAGUGACUGAGGGAAGCGCUGGGGGCUGUAAGAGCCAGAAGGAGGCUUCUAACUCAGAUUGGAAGUCAAGGAGGGCUUCCUGGAGGAGGUGACACCUGAGCCUAGCCCCAGCAGAGAAGGGUGGGGCCAGGGGUUCUUAAGUAUGGAGAAGUUCAGGCUCCAUCUGAAUCCCUAAGCCCCAGAGGCCUCUCUAAGCCUGGUACCUUAGACUCUGAAGUUCCCUAGGGAGGGGGCCUGGACUCCUGGGUCCUAACUACAGGGACCUUUGAGGCUGGAAACAAUGGAUUAUCAGAGGCCCUUCCAGCUUAAGGAGGAGCUAACAGCUAAGGAGAACAUGUGUGGGCAAGAGACAAAGGUGAGGUUCUCUGUCUUGGCCUCGGGCAGAACCCCCAGAUCCUUUCCUCUCUGAGGCUCCACCCCCUGGGUCUUCCUAGGCCUCCUGCUCUUCCUCUUCCACAAAUUCUUCCUGGGGAAUGCUUUCCAUCCCUUGGCUUGUAACCACCACCAAGUCUUGAGCCAUUCAUUUACCAAGUGUUUACUGAGCACGUGCUGUCCUAGGCUCCAUGCCAGGUGCUGGGGAGACCAUAGGGAACAUGUUCCUUGGCCUCACAGUCUAGUAUGGGGAGACAGAGGAAAAACAAACACACAGUGACAAGCAUGAUGAAGUAAUGGGGACUUCCUUGAUGGCCUAGGUAAAGAUGGCCCUUCCCUCUAGUUUCCACCCACAGCACCUCCCUAGUCCCUCACUUAUCACUAUUGCAAAUAAGUGUUUGUUUGUUGCUUGUUUAUUUCUGAAAUGAAGGCAAGCUCCUGGGAGUUUGUGUGUCAGAUGA